CCAUCACAGUUGCCCAUACAUAUUGUGUUGAAAUAUUUUUCGUGCUGCAAGUUUUACAUCAUCAGGCAUCCAAAUCAGGAAAAUCCAAUUGGAAUACAUACUUCAACUACUACAAAUGGAAAAGCCAAUAAAAUGUGGCCAGUAUACAACAUUUAUUUAGUGCUGUGUCUGUUGUUGUCCUUAGCCCAAGCUAGACAGCAGUUUAUGGUGGGCAGCAUUUUUACAUCGGACAAAGAUGAGGCAGAAAUUGCAUUUCGCACCGCAGUGGAUCGUGCAAAUAUAUUGGAAAGGAAUAUAGAACUUGUGCCCAUUGUCGUGUAUGCCAAUACAGACGAUAGUUUUAUUAUGGAAAAGAUGGUUUGCAAUUUAAUUUCCCAGGGUGUUAUAGCUAUAUUUGGACCCAGUACAGGCAGCAGUUCGGAUAUUAUUGCUUCGGUGUGCAAUACCUUGGACAUACCACACAUUGUCUAUGAUUGGCUGCCCAAUGAGUCCAUUCCGGAUCGCCAGCACUCCACCAUGACGCUGAAUGUGCAUCCCGAUAAUCUGUUGCUAUCCCAGGGAUUUGCUGAAAUUGUACAAAGCUUUGGCUGGCGUAGCUUUACGAUUAUCUAUGAAUCGGAUAGAGAGCUGCAACAGCUGCAGGAUAUUUUGCAAAUUGGUGAACCCAGCAACAUGCCUACCACAAUGAAACAGCUGGGUCCCGAUGAGGACUAUAGGCCCUUUUUGAAGGAAAUCAAAUUAUCCACAGAUAAUUGUCUGAUUGUGCACUGUUCGCCGCCGAAUCUAUUGAGCCUCUUGCAGCAGGCCAACGAACUGAAAAUGUUGGGCGAAUAUCAGAGUGUUUUUAUACCCCUGCUGGACACACACACGGUGGAGUUUGGUGAUCUCUCCGGCGUGGAUGCCAACAUAACCACAGUACGUCUGAUGGAUCCCACAGAUUUUCACAUCAAGAAUGUGAUACACGACUGGGAGGAGCAUGAGAAGAGGGCUGGACGCUACUAUAAGAUCGAACCAGGGCGUGUGAAAACAACGAUGAUACUGCUCAACGAUGCCGUCUGGCUGUUCUCCAAGGGUCUGACGGAACUGGGAAUACUGGACGAACUAACAGCCCCAGAGGUGGAAUGCAAACGAAAAAAAUCAUGGCCCCAUGGCAGACGUAUUAUAGAGUUUAUGAAAGCGCGCUCCGAUGAGGCCUCCACGGGUCGCAUCGACUUCAAUGAGUAUGGCCAGCGCAGCUUCUUCACCUUACGCUUCAUGGAGGUGAAUGCUGGCGGUUACCUGGAUCUGGCCACCUGGGAUCCCGUCAAUGGUCUGGAUAUCCUCAACGACGAUGAGGAGAGCGAAAAGCGUGUGGGUCAAAAGUUGUCGAACAAAACUUUUAUAGUAUCAUCCCGUUUGGGUGCGCCUUUUCUCACACUCAAAGAGCCCGAGGAGGGGGAGGUGCUGUAUGGCAAUGCCCGCUACGAGGGCUACUCCAUAGACCUGAUAGACGCCAUCGCUCAGAUGCUGAAUUUCAAAUACGAAUUUCGCAUGUCACCCGACGGCAGAUAUGGCUCGCUCAAUCCAGCCACCCAGACGUGGGAUGGCAUUGUCAAGCAAUUAAUUGAUGGGAACGCUGAUCUGGGCAUUUGUGAUCUAACCAUGACCUCAGCGAGACGUCAGGCUGUGGACUUUACGCCACCCUUCAUGACCCUGGGCAUCAGCAUAUUGUUCUCAAAGCCGCCCAUACCGGACACAGAUCUAUUCUCAUUUCUGUCGCCCUUCUCCCUGGAUGUGUGGAUCUAUAUGGGUUCGGCGUAUCUGUUUAUAUCGCUGCUGCUCUUUGCUCUCGCUCGCAUGGCGCCCGAUGACUGGGAGAAUCCGCAUCCGUGCAAGGAACCCGAAGAGGUGGAGAAUAUUUGGAGCAUAAUGAACACCACAUGGCUGUCGAUUGGCUCACUGAUGGGACAGGGCUGUGAUAUACUGCCCAAGGCCGCCUCCACCCGUUUGGUGACUGGCAUGUGGUGGUUCUUUGCUCUCAUGAUGUUAAAUUCGUAUACGGCCAAUUUGGCCGCCUUUCUGACCAACUCACGGCAGGGCAACUCCAUCAGCAGUGCCGAGGAUCUGGCUGGCCAGACCAAAAUCAAAUAUGGCGCCAUGAUGGGCGGCUCCACGAUGGGUUUCUUUCGCGACUCAAACUUUUCGACAUACCAAAAGAUGUGGACGUUCAUGGAGAGUGCCAGUCCGUCGGUGUUCACCAAAACCAAUGACGAAGGCGUGGAGCGGGUGCAAAAGGGCAAGAAUCUCUAUGCCUUCAUGAUGGAGUCCACCACCCUGGAGUACAAUGUGGAGCGCAAGUGCGAUCUGGUGCAAAUCGGUGGCUGGCUGGACUACAAAAGCUAUGGCAUUGCAAUGCCUUUCAAUUCGCCGUAUCGCAAGCAGAUCAGCGGCGCCGUCCUGAAGCUGGGUGAGCUGGGCAACCUGGCGGAGCUGAAGCGCAAGUGGUGGAAGGAGAUGCAUGGCGGUGGUAACUGUGAGAAGAGCGAGGAUGCUGGCGGGGAUACGCCCGAAUUGGGUCUGGAGAAUGUGGGCGGUGUAUUUCUGGUCCUGGGACUGGGUCUGCUCUCUGCCAUGGUUCUUGGCUGCACGGAAUUCUUUUGGAAUGUCAAAUCGGUGGCCAUUGAAGAGAAGAUCUCGCUGAAGGAAGCCUUGCGUUCGGAGGUUACGUUUGCCAUGAAAAUUUGGAUUACCACAAAGCCAGUGCACGCCAGUUCUGGUUCCGGCAGCUCUUCGUCCUCCUCCAGUUCGAGCUCUUCCUCGAAGUCUGGCAAGUCGCGUUCGAGUCGCUCCAAACCCUCCUCGAAAUCGCAGCCCAUAUCCAUGAAGAGUCUCAAGAGCCUGGUCGAGCCCGAUGUGGAGGCUUCGGUGCACAACAAAUUGAAGAAAAUCGGUUCCAUGUUUUCAUUAAAGUCCCAAAAGACAUCUACGCCGCCACCGCCAGAAAUUGGCUGGAAAGUGGACAAGUCAACGCAAAUGGAUGAAGAACUGGCAGCCGAAGAAGAGGCCGAGAUUAUGCCAAUGCCAGAGCCACCGCAGCCACACCAUAGACAUCAUCAUCAUCACCACCACCAUCACCAUCAUCGCCAUCAUCAGCAGGAGGAGGAGCAGGAGGAGCAGCAGGAGCAGGAUCUGGAGGCAACUAAGAAUCAACGUGCCAGCAAAUUGAGUAAUGGCGUUCCUUAAAUGGCAGAAAAUUCCUAUAAUUAAUACUUAAAACAACCAUUUGCAAUCACGUUUCGUAUCAGAUCCUUUUUUCAUCCCAUAAAUAAAGUUUAAUCCAUUUGUUAAAUGAUAUCCAGUAAUACUUAUCUCUGGGAAUGAAAUUCCCACAACAUUUUAACAAGUAUUCUUACAAUAAUUACCUACAAAUUUAAAAUUUUAUAUUUAUUCUUACUAUAAUCAUCCUUUAGUCCAAGGAAUAAGCAUUUAACUAUUACCAUUGUUAAUAAUAAAUAUUAAAACGGCCCCCUACGAAAUACUUCAUUCGAAAAGGCUCUAUGAAAAUUCAUUUAUGAAAUAAUAAUAAAGUUUCAAAGAGUCACCUACGAAACCUCUUGGAACCUAUAAAAAUUCAUCUAUAGCGCAAAGACCUGGAGUUGAAUCAUAGUCAUCUUUCCAUUGUAGAACUGCCUGUUUCUAUUGCUAUAAUCUAUUUUUCCCAUUUCUUAAAUGUUCUACCAUACACAAAACAUCAAAUGAAUUUUAAACCAUUUAGAACUAUUUUUUAAGGAAAUCCCAUUACCUUAUCCUUUGCCUUACUUCCCCCAUUUAGCUAAUUAAUAAAUGUCAUAAUUUUU